AGACAAAUCAAUGUUCUAUCGUUUGUGUUGCAGGAAAGAAGUAAAAAUUACUGAUGUUUAAUGUGCGUGACGAUUUCUGUAUUUAAUAAAUUAAAAUAAAAUAAGUUAAUAAAAGUCAUAAAAUCUAAUCUUAAAGUGAAUGUGAUAGAAAAAGAAGUGAUAUGCGGUAAAGAGUAAGCGAUUUAAUUGUGAAUAAAAUAGCGUACAGCGUUGUUUUCUGAACGCUAGAGAAUCAGUUGGUAUCAGGCAAAAGUCGAGAAAUAAACAAAAUACAGAAUAAAAGAUCCAACAGAAAAAUAUAAAACAAAGUAUUACGUGUAAAUUGUUUUAAAUCAUAUACAUUUACUUCAAUUACAUCGGUAACGUUGCUAAUAAGAAAAGCAACGGAAGGAACAUUUGUGUGUAUAUUGACAGACCAGCGGCAACCAAAGAAGUAACACCAAAUAGCAAAACAUCAACCAGGAAAGCAAGCAGACAAAUAUCAUGGCGAGCGAAAUCGAUGAUUUAAUAGAGAAACUGAAAUCGACCUCGGUGAGUGCGGCGAACACGAGCAGUGACGACUACAGCAACACCAACAACCUACUCACCCAAAUAUCCGCUACGAAAGAUCCGAAACUAUUCGACAAACAUGAAUUGGCCGAUCUCUUCAUGGCCCUGGCACAAUCGGCGGAAUUGAACAUACGCAAAGAGGCCGCCAAAUGCAUUGCCGAAAUCACAAAAUCCGAAGUGCAACGUAAGAAAUUCACAAAACGUGAGAUUAUCGAAGUGUUUCUCAAGUGUCUACGCGAACUGCCGGCCGAUGCGAAUAUGGAGUUGCCCAUACAAAUUUGUCGAGCGCUUGGCAAUAUUUGCUACUUGAACGAUGAGGCGCGUGAUCUCAUACUCGAGCUGCAUGGCGACGAGGUGCUCGUGCGACUGCUCGACAUAACGCACAUUGGCGACACGGAGAACGCGCUGCAGUUCAUUAAAGUGCGCGGCGGUUUGCUGUCGAAUUAUCUGUUGGGCGGCGAGGGUUUGGCCAAACGCGCCAUGGAGUUGGAGAUUAUGCAAAAGCUAACACAGAUCAUUACAAUCGGCAUGGGUAAUGUGGAGGAGCACGAGGAUUUGCUAUUGAACACGCUGCCAUUGUUGAGCAUACUCACGGAAAAUGCGCCCGAUUUGAAUUUCGAUGCGAAUCUCAAUAUACAGUUGUCGCAUAUUUUGGCUGCCUCCACAAAUCCCGAUUUAGCGGAAAUGUGCCUUGAAUUGUUGCAUUAUCAGGCGGAGAAUGAUGAUGUGAAAUUGCUGUUAGCAAAGGAUGGGCUCUGCGAGACGAUCUACAAUCUGCUUGAGAAAUAUAAGACUUUGGCGAGCACCAGUGAGGCGCGUGCGCUCAUGAAACUGGCAUGCGAAUUGAUUGUGCUAAUACUCACCGGAGAUGAAUCAAUGCAUUAUCUUUACUCGACGCCACUGCUGAAGAGCAUGGAGGACUGGCUGGACUCGGAGGAUAUCGAUCUGCUCACCACCGGUGUGCUUGCACUGGGUAAUUUUGCGCGUACCGACAGUCACUGCAUUUAUAUGGUGGAAAAUAAGAUUAUGAACAAAUUACUCGAUGUGCUGGCCAAAAAUAACGGCGUAAAAGAUGAUGUACGGCUACAGCAUGCACUGCUGAGUGCGUUGCGUAAUCUUGUCAUACCGAAGCCAAACAAAAAUGCUGUCAUACAAGCUGGACUUGUAGAAACCAUACUGCCAAUGUUGGAGAUACAUCAACCGCCGGUCGUUUUCAAGCUGCUGGGCACUUUGCGCAUGACAGUGGAUGGUCAAGAAAAACUGGCUUUGGAACUGCUACGCAAUAAGACACUUAUCGAACAACUGGUGCACUGGAGCAAAUCUUCCGACUAUGCUGGCGUCACUGGCGAGUCGCUCAGGUUGAUGGCAUGGCUAAUCAAACACGCCUACUUGGGACGCAUCGCCUACGCCUUGCCGCGCAAAGGUGACGCACCUGUUGAACAUUUCGCCGACAAGCUGCCGCCAGAAGAUUAUGAUCGCAGCAGCUUGAAAGCGUUUAUCGCCAUUGAUGGCACCGUCGAGGCUAUGAUCAAUAUGUUGACAUCACAACAUUUAGUCAUGCAAAACGAAGCGCUAAUUGCCUUAUGCAUAUUAUCUGUGGUAUAUUUAACGAAUAGCGCUGCCGCCAAGAGUGAUGAUGUGCAUUUGGAUGAGAUUUUUAUUAAAUAUGAAGUUGGUAAGAAGUUGGCGGAAUUAAUACGUAAAUCAUCGGACACCAUGACCAAGGAGAUUGUGGAAAAUUUGCAAAACUUUAAUAAUCUACUGCGCACUUCCGAAAAAUUGGUGACGCAUCUGGAGGAGAACAAUAUCAAUGAAUUGCUGAAGUCGAUACCGAUACUAACCGAAUACUGCACACUCUAAAAGCAUGCGUAGUGUGCGUCCAUAACCGCAGGGUUGGGUUGGGGACUUGUCAGUUAGGGAAUUGACAAAAUAAAUUUGAUUUGAAGGUUUAACACGCGUGUGUCGUCAUGAACGGAAUAAAAUUUUACUUAGGGAAAAAUGUUGGCAAAUGCAAAUUGUUGAAAUUGUUAAAAGAAAAAAAUCCGAAAAUAAUACAUACAUCUAUAAUAACUAGUUUAUUAUUUCUCUAAACACAACAAAUAUAUAAAUACAUAUGUGCUAACAUUCAAUGAUAUAUGUUUCGGCAGGUUUGCAAAGAUUUCGUACCGAACGAUUAAGCGUUUUAGCAUUUUAAGCGUAUUUUUUAGUGUUGUGACCAUUUACUUACAUACAAGUACAUAUAUACACUUACAUAUAUAUAUAUUCACGGAAAUGUAUAAAGUAUUAAUAUGUGUGGGCGGUAAAAAUGUGUAAAGCCAUACAUUUGCAAAGAAUUUUUUUUGUUUUGCAAUAAUUUUUGAGCUAAUCUGUGCGAUCUGAACAAAAAACAAUGCAUUAAGCCACAUUAAAAAAUAAUAAUUUUCUUACGAUGAAAUUAUAAAAUAUUUUUACAGUUCUUUAAAUAUUCUGCUUGAGCAGCAUUGCCAGUUAAAAAUUAGAUAUCCGUUCAUAUGAUUUUCUUUUGGUAUUUUUUCAACAACGAAAGUAUUUUUUACCUUAGUUUUUAAUUUUUUCUUUUUUAAGAAAAAAGACUUACCCCACCAAUUUUAGGUUUCCAACUGUACGCAACGCGAUCGCAUACAACAUACAUUUCACAUAAUACAAAUAGAUGGCACAAAAAUAUGAAAUAUACCGUCAUCUGCAGCACAAUGCAAAUUAUUUUUAAAUAACCAACAGUAUAUUCUGAAUUUUAUUUAAUAUACAACCACAAAUAUACAUUAUAUUAAUUAAAAAUUUAAUGUCGCACAUUAGUUUGUAAGUAAUAAGUAUAUUAUAAAGUUGAGGGAGUCGUAGUGAGUGUAGUCGCACAUGCACUAGCACUAGAACAACGAUUUGCAGUCAGACUUGUAGUUUUUAGUAAUAGCAUUUACAAUAUUUAAAAAAAAAAAGUAAGGUAGUAAUAGCAGCAGAAAAAGGUAGCAUACAAUUUCAAACCUCAAAAACAACAAUAUACAAUUAUUUUCGAAACUUUGCUCGACAUCUUUGCGUCAUACAAGGUAAUUCAAUCAAUUAUUCGCCAUUUCGUGCAAAUUCAAUAGUCAGAAAGCAAAUUACUUCUAUUCACAUAAUAAAGCAAUUAUCCUUAGUCCAUUUUUAGCAACAGCAUUUUUUUUGUUAAUUUUCAGAAUUCUAUUUAGAAAAAAUAGGCGUCCUAAUUUAUUAUAUUAACAUUUAAUGCGUAAAUUUCAAUUUUUUACGAUGUAAAACUCUUUUAUCUCAUUUAAUAAUAUUAUAAAUUAAACUAUAAUAAAAUUAUGUCUUUGGAAUACUUGCAUUUCUCUUCCUCAUAAAAGCUUCCUGCGAAAUCUAAUUAAGCAAACACCAAAAUAAAUUGUAAUGGAGAGAUUUGUGGUAUUGCACAUGCGUAUACACAGAAAUAUAUUUUAUCGUUACGCAAAGUAUUAAUUAUUUAUUUCUAAAUAAAACAAAUAAAUUAUUUGUAUUUUAAAUAGUUUAUAAAUGCACAAAAUGUAAGGUACGUUGGCAUAAAUACAUAUACAAGUAAAUGUUUAUAUAAAUUUCGAUGAUUUACAAAGUUACAUAUUCAUAAAAUGAAAGAUUUUAAUUCACUUAUAAACAAAUAUAACAAAUAUUAGUAAAAACGUGCACCCACAGAAUUUUAAACAAAAGUUAGUAGAAAGGAAGUUAAAUAGCAUUUAAACAAGCAGCAACUGUAAGGGCGGCAUUGAACUCCAAUAUUAAAAACAAUCAGCACAAUAAGAAACAGAAAACGGGUGUUUAAAAGCAACAUAUUUUCUAUGAUAAAAUUUUAAACAUGCACAAUAUUGAUUAUUAGAUAUUUUGAGCAAAAUAAAAUACAUAUAAACUUGCACGCAUGAUUGUAUAUGAAUUGAAUCUAAUCAGCUACACGAAGUAUUGAAAUACAGCAAAUCAGUUAAAGGCAUUUAUACAAUGUCAUUAUUUAAUAUAUUGAUAAUAACAUUUGAACAUAAAAAAUAUGAAAUUCAAAUAAAAUUUGAAAAUAAUAAUAUGUUUAAGUGAAGAAAUUAUACAUCAAUAAAUAAUAAUCAACAAUAAAACCUUGUUAAAACUGCUCCAACACCGCAAAAUAAAUCACCAAGAAAUUCAAAAAUUAAUAAAUCGAUAAUAGUAGAA